AUGGUAGUGCAGACGCCAACCCAAUCGCCGCGACAGGUAGAUGCCUGGGAGGCGAAGACACCACGCAACGCGCGCGAAAUUGAGGCUCAAAGUACUCUUAUUCGACAGAAAGUAAGGAAUCGCCCUGAGUCUUCUGCAAGCUCACUUGACAAGCAGGUUGCGCAGUUGAGUAAGGGGGCUCAGCAAAUGGCACAUAAGAUGACGCUUAUGAUGGAGAAAAUGAACAGCCUUCAAGAGGCUCUAGAAGGAGCAAAUAAGCGGAAGAGCCGUAAGCGGCGAUACGUACGGAUAGAGGAGACUCUUACUGUUGGCGAUGUACAAGAAGUAUUAGCUGAACAGGCGAGUAGCAGUCGUGGUGAUGGUGAGAGUGCGUCGAAGAGGGUGCGAGGAGAAAGGCGGUGCGGGCGUUGCAAGCAGACUGGACACAACGCCCAUACCUGCGCAAUUAAAGUAGAUAAUGCUAGCGAUAGUGACGGCUCUUACGGAUAA